AUGGCUAAAUUUAUAACACAUGAAUUCUACGGAUCCACCAUUAAAGGCGUCAUCCCGCAAGGCUGGAUUGAUGCGAGCACAUUACGUGAAGUCCCCGACCACCAAGAAAUCUUCCUUUCCGCAACAACCCUCAGCAACCAAAUCAUAGAGAUCAACCAGCGCGUGGACCGCGACGAGGCCCUCUCAGCAACAAGAACACAACCCUUAUCGACAGAUUCAUUACCAGAAACAAUCGACAAAGCAGCCAUCAUGUAUCAUCUUCAUGAUCUAUGCGAUGAAUCAGACACAUUGGAGGUGUUAGUUCCCGCGCAGAAGGUCCCGAUGCAGGAGAUCCCAAAAGCGAGCGCCUAUCGAGGCGUGGUAGCGUUGACGGCGACUAAAAUGGGACAGCAUCGACGCGAACAGAGAGAGGGACAGACACAAGGACAGGCAGCGUUGACGACGAAUUGUCAUUACUUACUGGUGAGGUUGGAGGAGCAGGAGACAGAUCUGUUGGUGUUUGUGAAUGUGCCGAGUGAGGAGUUUGAUGCGCGGGGAGACGUGCGCGGACUGGAGGAGGAGAAUAAGUUGGCGGAGGGGUUGAUUGGAGAGUUGGUGGUGAGGUUGAAGGUAGUGGAUUGGGGGUUGUUUGCUUAA